AUGAACAUCUGUCCCGCGGUCGGCCAACAUCCGAACGCUUGUCCAUCCCGUGCUCAACAUAGGCCGAGCCCACGUACCGAUCCGGGAAGCAUCGUCCCGCGGUCGGCCAAACCAGAAUCACACGCCCGAAGCUGCGCACGACUGUACCGCGCGAACAGGAAGGCAACGCCUCGCGGCCGCGCGGCACAACUCACGUACCGCGGCCGAUCGCGCCGUCCGACCAGGAAGGCCUUGUCUCACGUCCGGCCAAAUUCUUCGACCAAAAUCAUCCGUCUGGCCGAACCCGACGAACGAACGCGAAAACUCUCGGCCACGAUCGACCCGACCGUGCCGAUAGGCCACGACCGACACCGGCCGAACGUCCCGACCGACCGUCCGAACGGUCGGUCGACCCGAAGCCAUUUCUGA